CUUUCCCUCCCCUGUAAGACCCCGAGCUCAGGAGGAGAGCGAGGGGAGGGGGAACCGCCAGGGCGUUCGGGGGAUUGUCAUGGUUACCUCCCUGGCAAAACAAAUGGCUCCACUGGGUGAUGAUGAUGAUGAUGGUGGCGGUGGUCACCCAGACAGCUCCGGACACUUUGAGCCAGCGGUGGGGGGCGAGAGACCCACCCUGGGGAUCCAGAGUCCCCCAUCCCAGGGGAGCCAGACACCCUCCCGGCUCCGGGCAGAUCCUCCCCGCCGGGGCACAUGUUGCUGCAGCCGGUUCGACAGCGCUCCGCAGCCGUGCCUGUCGCCUUCGGGAUUCCUCCUGCCCCUCCUGCCCCCCCAGCCCAGCCGCAGAGGGGCUGGAAGAGUGGGUGAAGUUGCUCCAACCCCCCCAUCCCCUUCUUCCUUCUCCUCCUCCUCUCUGCCAGGAAAGCUCCCCACCACCACCCAGAGGCCCCCAGGAAGAUGCCAGGGCUGAUUAACCGGGUGACCCUCUCCCAGCUGCCCCUCACUGCGUCCGAGGUGACGUCCUGCGUCAGCGGCUAUGCCCUUGGGAUGACAGCCCUGCUCACCUACCACAACCCAGACCCCCAGGCCUUGGAAGGUCUCUUUGUGUACCCCUUGGAUGAGGGCACGGCCGUGGUGGGCUUCGAGGCGGCCACGUCCCGGCGCACCGUGACAGUGCAGAUCAAAGACAAAGCCAAGAUAGACGACACCAACUUCGACAGCUGCAGCCUCCCCCCUGGAAGAGCUGGCGAUGGAAGUGGGAGGAUUAUGAUGGAUGAGGACCUGGAGAGAACUGUUUUUGUGGCCAACCUGGGCAUGAUUCCUCCCCUGGAAAGCAUCUCCAUCUUCAUCAGCACCUCCUCUGAGCUGCAGACACUGCCCAGCGGGGUGGUGAGAGUCCUUCUGCCAGCUGUGUGUGUCCCCAGGGUCCCCCAGCCCAGCCUGGAGAACGCCAGCAGCUUUUCCAGCCACCAGCUCCGAACGGACAAGCUCCUCUGUGGAUCGGGGAGCCCGGAGCAAGGGAGCAGGUUCUGCCUGGCUCAGCUGCUGGACAGUGAGGCCACCAACCCCUUUGAGUACGAGUUCAGCUUCCACCUGGAGAUCCGGGGGCCGUGUUUGCUGGCAGGAGUCGAGAGCCCCACGCACGAGAUCCGAGCGGACGCCGACCCCUCGGCUCGCUCUGCCAGGAGCAUCGUGAUCACGCUGGCCAACAAGCACACCUUCGACAGACCCGUGGAGAUCCUGAUCCACCCAAGUGAGCCCCACAUGCCCCACGUCUUAAUGGAGGAGGGUGACAUGACCCCUGCAGAGUACGAGCGACACCUGAAGGGGAAGAACGAUUUCAUUAAAGGCACUAAGAAGGAUCCCAGUGCCAAGAAAAAGAUGGAAAUCAUCAGGAAGCGGCUGAGCAAGGACAUCCCCCACCACGCCGUCAUCAUGCUCAACUUCUGCCCUGACCUGAGGACGGUGCAGCCAGACCUUCGGAAAGCCCAGGGAGAGUUUAUCUUCCUGGUCGACUGCAGCAGGAGCAUGAGUGGUGCGAGCAUCAACCGUGCCAAGGACGCCCUGCUGGUCGUUCUCAAGAGCCUGAUGCCAGCGUGUCUCUUCAACGUCAUCGGGUUUGGAUCCACCUUCAGGACCCUCUUUCCUGUCAGCCAGGCCUAUUGUGAGGAGAGCCUGGCCAUCGCCUGCCGCAGCAUCGGGGGGAUCCGGGCUGAUAUGGGCGGCACCAACCUCUUAUCCCCGCUGAAGUGGGUCACCCGCCAGCCCAUCCACAGGGGCCACCCCCGGCUGCUCUUUCUGCUGACGGGCGGGGCUGUCAGCAACACCGGGAAGGUUCUGGAACUGCUGCGGGGCCACUCCUGCGCCACCAGGUGCUACAGCUUUGGCGUCGGCCCCAACGCCUGCAGGAGGCUGCUCCGGGGUCUGGCUGCCGUGUCCAGAGGCGCCUCCGAGUUCCUGGCCGAGGGCGAGAGGCUGCAGCCCAAGAUGAUCAGGUCGCUGAAGAAGGCGAUGGCGCCGGUCCUGAGCGACGUGUCCGUGGAGUGGGUCUUUCCUGAGAGCACCGAGGUCUUGGUGUCCCCCGUCAGCACCAGCUGCCUGUUCCCUGGCGACAGCCUGGUCAGCUACGGUGUCAUCUGCGACACCUCCCCGUACCUCUCCACCCCCAGAUCCGACAAGAGGCGGCGCUACAGCAUGAUGCAUUCCCAGGAGUCGGGCAGCUCUGUUUUCUUUCACUCCCAAGAGGAGGCAGCAGGCUUGGAGAGCUGGAACCACUCCAGAGACUCGGAGGGCUCCUGCCCCGCCGAGCGCUCCCCCGACCACCUGGGCGUGGGCAGAGAUCCUGGGGGAGAGUCGGACACGGACACGGGAGUGGGAUCAGACGUGAAGGCUCUGUCCAGGAGACGGGCGUACAGCACCACCCAAAUCUGCGACCGCGAGCCUCGCAGGAAGGCGCCCACCGCCAGCGACCCUGGCACAGCCCUGGUGAAAAACCCCCUCCGGAAAACCCAGCUGCAGGACCUGCAGCAGCUCAGCCCCGAGCCCUGGCAGGUGGAUUUCCAGCCCCUCCCGGCCAUCCCUCCUGGCUCUGCCACCAGGAUCCGUGGCGCAGGCGCCCGGCGCCCGGCCCUGCUCCAGCGCAGCUGCGUGUCCUUCUGCCACGACGCCAGCUCCCCGGCGCUGCCCGACGGGCCGCAGGAAACCCCGGCCAGGGGCUUGGAAGCGCUCGAUGCCAUCACGAGCCUGCGCUCCUCGUCGGACAGCCGGAGCCCCGGGGAUCUGGAGUCCGCCCAGCAUCCGUCCCUCGCCUUUGAGACAGAGACCUCGUCGGACUGGGAGCCCCAGGACCUGGAUAUCGGCGCUGCCUGCGGCUCCCCACGCUCCCCCAGGACCUUCUGCAAGGCCGUGGUGAAGGGGCUGAGGAACAACGAGCCCGUGCAGUGGGAAGUCACGUUUGAUAUCCACCCUCUGUUCCAGGAGCGGCAGAGCCGGGAGGAUGGUGACACAGACCUGUGGAGCGAGACCUUCCACCACCUGGCAGCCAAGUCACUCAUCCAGGAUUUCGAGCAGCUCGCGGAGAGGGAGUGUGAAAUCGAGCAUGGGUCUGGGCGGCGGUUCCAGCUCAACGCUGUCCACACCAGCAAGUCCUGCAACGUCAUCAGCAAGUACACGGCGUUCGUGCCCGUGGACCUGAGCACCAGCUCCUACCUGCCCACGCUGGUCCAGUACACACACACAGGGGCAAAAUCCAAGCCAGGCAACCAGCGGAAACAGAAGAGUUCAGGAAACAGAAGACACCGUGGCUCUUCCCCUGGACGUCCUCAGUCAGCGUGUGGCCAGAAUGGAGACUACGGAUUUUACAGCAUGAAUGCUGAGAGCAGCCCCUCACCCUCCAGCACCCCGUCCUCAUCUGCCUGGGAGCGCUGCCGAGCCCCUGAAGGGCUGCUCCACAGCCUGUCUGCUUCCUCUGCAGAAGCCCAGAAAUCCAUCGAGAGGCUCUUUGCUGCCAGGCUGACCCUCAAUAAAACCAUGCUGCUGCUCCGAGCUGCCAAAGGCUUCAUGAGUAAAUCUCCGAGCAGGGGGAGCGAAGCCGGCUCUGAGGGUGACAGUGAGAGCGUGGACUACCUUCCCCUGGUGUCCCUGCAGCUGGCCUGCGGCGCCUUCCUUCUCAAUUCGGCCUUCUGUGACGCCGUCAACAUCCCCAUGGAGAAGCUGAAGUGGACAUCGCCCUUCGCCUGCCACCGCCUGUCCCUCAGCCCUUCUGGCUCCUACAGCACCAAGAAGAACGCUUCCUCCCCGGAGCACAAAGCCCCGAACUCCAGGCAGCGGCUGCUGGUCCCCAGUGGGCAGGGGAAGGGUCCCAGCACCGGAGGCAUCGCUCAGGGAGCGGCGCUGGAGGACGCCGGCCGCCCUCGGCACUCGUCGGGCAGCGCGGCCGAGAGCAUCUCCAGAGCGCUGAAAGCCCGGGAGGAGCCGGCCAUCGCCAUCCGCAGCUUCUCCUCCCCGGCAGAGUGCCGGGGCUGGGACGCCCACGGCUCCGAGCUCCAGGCUUCGCUCUUGGACGCGGAGCUGCAGCGGCAGGCGGAGCCCGAGGGGAUGCUCUGGGCCACGGCCGUGGCCUUGGCCUGGCUGGAGCACAGCUCGGCUUCCUACUUCAUCGAGUGGGAGCUGGUGGCUGCCAAAGCCAGCCUGUGGCUGGGCGGGCAGCGCUUCCCCGAGGGAUCCAGCCUGGCCGCCGUGAAAGCCGCAGCUCAGCAGCUCUUUGUGCUGCUCCGUCACUGGGAUGAAAACCUGGAGUUCAACCUGCUGUGCUACAACCCAGGCAGCGUGUAAGAGGAGGAGGAGGAGGAGGAGGAGGAGGGAGGCUUGGGCAGGUUAGCGAGGGCACAGGAGCAGGGAUCCAUCCUUAAGGGAAUGCCUCCGAGGAGCUCAGCUCCUCUGCUGCAGGGAUGUGCGUGUUUAUUAGAGCAAACCCUGCAAACAGCAGCUUGGCCAAAAGCCUGCACGUGGCCAGUUGGGAUUUUGCCCUGGAAGGGAACCUGCCUGCAGCAGAUGCUUUUUAUUUUCAGCUGGAGCAGCACUUCCAGCUACGGCAGUUCCCUCCUGGUCCUGGUUUCUUCUGGUCCCAGCCCAGUUUCCAGAGCAGAUCUUGUGGCCUGCUCCACUUUGCCCUGUCCUUGCUUAGAUGCCUCUUCCCAGCCCUGAAUCACUGCCAAGCCCCCACCGCAGCCCCUCAGCCCCCAACCCCUGCUUCCCUGAGGCUCCUGCCUGGCUCCUGCCAUCUCAGGUGGCUUUCAGAGAAGGCAAAGCUCAGGCAAUGUGCUCAGCUCAUGGAUCAGAGGGGAUCUGGGCUGGGAAUGACCGAGUGAAGAGCAGCCCCGCUGUCACAGCCAGGUGGAUCGAGCCCAGCCACACACAAACAAGCUGGGCCGGUUGGAGGCUGGGACCAAACCCCACCACAUCCACACGGUGCUGGGCUCCCUCGGGCCCUCUGCAAUCCCAGCAGGAGUUUGUGAGAUCCCUUGCAGCCAAUGCGUGCCUUUGGAGCUUCACAGGCGGAGCCAGGGUGCCCAAGACUGAAGGAUCAAGUGCCUCUGGAGGGAAUUUCCUGCCGCUGUCCCCAGCGUGGCUGCGAUGCCCCUGGAGCCCAUCCAGACCCUGCUGCCUUUUGCUCCCUCUCUUGUAGGCAUGUAGCAGCCUUGCCUGUCCCAGCAGGCUUCUGUCUCGUGUCUGUGUGUCUGGGGGUGACACAGGAGGGAAACCAGUGCUGGGAACCGUGAGCACCCCUCCGGUCUGUGCUCUGGUGUCACCUCACCAAGGUCCCCAGGACCAUCUCUCAGUGUGGCCUCUCCGGGGUCCCCAGGAUCAUCCCUCUUGUCCCCGCUCUGGUUUCACCUCUCUGGGGUCUCCAGGAGCUUCCUUCUGGCCUCUGCUCUCAGUGUCAGCUCUCUGGGUUCCCCGGAACCUCGAGCAUCCUCCAGUCUCUGCUUCGAUGUCACCCCUCUGAGGCCCCCAGAGCUGCAGGCAUCCCUCUGCAGGUCCCCGGUGCGGCAGUGCUCAGCGGUGCUGCGGGUGCUGCAGGUUUGCCUCGGCGCUGUCGUGUUCUCUGUUGUUGCAGAAGUGUUGUUGUCCCAGUAAACCACAGCCUGCUCUGCUUCCCAGUGCGAGUCCUUUGUUUCGGGGUGGGUUCUCGGUGGGUUUCCCUGGGGCCGCCCCGGCUGGUUGGAGCGCUGCGUUCGCUAAAAUGCCCCCCCCCAAAAAAACCCCGUCAUGAUUUAGUGUGUGAGUUUAGGUCUGGGUUUCAGAGGGGAUAAGGAACCUCCCUCAGGUUUUGGGGAGCUGGGUUUUGCAAACCCUGGAUUGCACAGCGUUUGGUGAACUGAUGGAUCCAGGAUUUUAAAAAACCAGGGGAAAUUGGGUUUGAUCAUUCUCUGAGACAGAGAUGGAGCCGAGAAAUCUUCUGCUGCCUUUGCACGGUUUAACCCGUCACCUCGGUCAGUGCAAGGACGCAGAAACCCUGCCUUCAUCCCGCACCUUCCUUAAUUAGUGUCGCAAUUACAGGUAUUAAUAAAGCAGUCAUUGUGUUUUCCAAUCCAAAGCAGGAGCUCUGCCAUCCCUUAUUUCCCCCUUGGCAAACACGGACCCCCUCGGAUUCCCUCC